UCGGCUGUUUGGUGUCACGAUGAUAUCUACCAGGUAAAAUGUUCCAGAUGAUGUUUAACAGGUAAAAUGCUUCAGAGUUCUGGCCUUCAUCUCACCUGGAUGUUUGCUGUCGGUGUGUCUCCAGCGGGACCGGAGGAGUCGCUUCAGGGCGGCUGGUGUUCGCCGCUGAGCCUCGUUAAUCUCGGCGCGUCUCCGCCUCGCUGCUGCUCGGAGACUCUUUAAUCCUCUCUGGAGUCUCUGGUUCUUCUUCAGCGGCUCCGUUCCCCUCCGGAGCCCCGUAACCGAGCCUCUCAUGGCGGACCUCGGCGGCGCCGCUCCUCCCGCUCCGUCCACCCUGAACGUGACGUUCCCGGUGCAGGAGGAGGACGGCACCGCGGCCGCCGCUCCUCCGGUCGCCCUGAGCAGCGAGGACUACCUGUUCGUGGAGAGCCGCCACCCGAGCACCGUCCUGCAGGGCCUCAACAGCCUGCGGCUCAACAACGCCUUCUGCGACGUGACGCUCUGCUGCGGCGGCCAGGAGUUCCCCUGUCACCGCAUCGUGCUGGCCUCCUUCAGCUCCUACUUCCAGGCGAUGUUCUCCACAGACCUGAUCGAGUCCAAACAGGAGCGAGUCGCCAUCAACGGCGUGGAGCCUCAGAUGAUCGGCAUGCUGGUCAGCUACGCCUACACCUCUGAGGUCUACAUCUCCAAAGCCAACGUUCAGGCGCUGCUGGCGGCCGCCAACCUGCUGGACGUGAUGGCGGUCCGAGAGGCCUGCUGCCGCUUCAUGGAGCGUCAGAUGGACGAGAUGAACUGUGUGGGAAUCCACUGCUUCGCCGAGGCUCAUUCCUGCAAGGUCCUGGAGAAACGCAGCAUGGACUACAUCCUGGAGCACUUCAGCAGCGUUUACCAGCAGGAGGAGUUUCUGUCUCUCUGUGUGGACAAACUGACAGAAAUCAUCGCCAGCGACCUUCUUAACAUCCCCAAAGAGGAGGUGGUGUUCGAGGCUGCCAUGCUGUGGUUGAAAAAAUGUCCGUCCCGCAAGCAGAGCUUUGAAAAGGUCCUGGAGCACAUCCGCCUGCCCCUCAUCAGCCCCUACUACCUCCAUGACGUCAUCGAGUCUGUGGACGUGGUGAUGGAGAACCAGGGCUGCCAGAGGCUUAUCUCCGAGGCCAAAGACUACCUGCUGCUGAAGGACCGCCGUGGGGAGCUGUACUGCCCCAGAGCCCGUCCUCGCCGCUCCACAGGCACAGCCGAAGUGAUCGUGACGGUUGGCGGCGAGGACGACAAGGUGGUGCUGCGCAGCGUGGAGAGCUUCGAUCCCGUGACCAACCAGUGGAAGAACCUGGCCUGCCUGCCCUUCGCCGUCAGCAAACACGGGCUGGUGGUGUCCGAUUCCACUCUGUAUUUAGCCGGAGGGGAGUUUCCCGACGGCUCAGCCAGCAGAGAGAUGUGGCGUUACGACCCCUGCUUCGACUCCUGGAUGGAGAUGGCUCCUAUGAACGUUGCUCGCUCUGAGUUAGGCCUGGUGAUGCUGGAUGGCUUCAUUUAUGCCGUAGGGGGGUGGGAGGGACGGUCUCGUCUGGACUCGGUGGAGUGCUACAACCCCUACACAAACGCCUGGCAGUUCACCGAGUCUGUCAAGAUGGCCGUCACGAGUCCCGCAGUGGUGGCGCUGGAUGGUCUGCUCUACGUUACCGGCGGCGCCGUUCUAGAGGAUGGUGACGGCACGGACCUCGCUCAGGUCUACAACCCUAAAACCGCGGCGUGGACGGAGGUCGCACCCAUGCAGAUCGCUCGCUCCGGGUCGGCUGCUUGUACGCUCAAAGGAAAGAUCUACGUCAUCGGCGGCUGGCACGCUUCCACCGAGAACACGGAUAAGGUGGAGUGUUACAAUCCCAAGACCAACCAGUGGACCAUGUGUGCCCCGAUGAAGGAGCGGCGCUACCGGCCCGGUGCUGCCGUGGUGGACGGGAAGAUCUAUGUCCUGGGAGGAGAGGAGGGCUGGGACAGAUACCACGACACUAUUGAGAGAUACUGUGACGACACCGACACCUGGGAGAUCGUCGGGGAGAUGCCGACCAGUCGCAGCUGGCUCAGCUGUGUGUCUCUGCAGCUGAGGAAGGACAUCCGCAUGUGCAGCUGUCCAGGAGCGGCCAACGAGAACUGAGGCGGGACAGCGAGCAGGAAGUCCUCGGUGGUUAUUACUGGCACCCUCCAUGGUGACGGUGCGCUGCGAAGCUCAUAGCUGUGGAGAGCAGCGGACUUAGAAGUGACGCCUAGAAUUGGCUCGGAGCCGUUCGAGCUGUCGAUAAAGUUCUCACCAGUGACGGGUUGUGGAGUCGCACUCGUGUGGGUUGCUGUUUUUCACGUGACGGCAAAGUUACUGUGAUCCACGAACCACUCAGCAGCAGAGACUCUGUGUGACGUGAACAUGUUUAGGUUGUUUCUGUGUCCAGCAGCUCCAGUCUGAAGGUUUCCAGCCAACAUAGUGUAUUUUUGUAUUGUUCUGUGAAGUAUUUAUUGGAGGUUGAUAAACAUUUUGUUUUAUUAAAAAAAAAAGCUCUGUGGGCCAAAGAAGCGAAUUGUGAACUGACGCUAUGUGAAGGUAACCUGUGAAAGACGUGUUUAUGUGAGCAGUGUUUUGUAAUUACACUUUGUAAGUUCUCAAUGAUUGUCUUUGCUACCUGUAACAUGUUGAGUAUACAGUAUUUUUGUAACGUAAUGUGCGUCAUGCAUUUUAGUGGCUUUAGGUGGAGCUGAAUUGUAACUAAGAUGUUUAGUUCUUUACUGUGAAUGCUGGCAGUUUAAUUUUACAAAUAAAAAAAGAAAUUACA